GGAACCACGGGACCGUACGACAGCCGCUAUCCACGCGAUGUUACAAAAGUCACGCGAUAGUAGCCAGGUGGUAAGAGUCCUGUAAAGAUGGCGGCGGCCCUCUCGGAUGAGACCAGCCUUCAGUCUCUAAUCAAUAAAGCCACCAAUCCUCUGAAUAAAGAGACUGACUGGGACAAUAUCAAGGGAUUUUGUGAUAAAGUCGACAAUGAACCAGAUGGGCCUCAGCUUGCAACCAGACUUCUGGCCCACAAAAUCCAGUCUCCUCAGGAGUGGGAGGCGAUGCAAGCACUGCUGGUGCUCGAGACAUGUAUGAAGAACUGUGGAAACAGGUUUCACGGUGAAGUGGGAAAGUUUCGCUUUCUCAACGAGCUCAUCAAGGUGGUCUCACCUAAGUAUCUAGGGUCUCGGGCUCCGGAGCCGGUGAAGACAAAGGUUUUAGAGAUGAUGUACAGCUGGACCGUGUGGCAUCCAGAUGAGCCAAAGAUAGCGGAAGCUUAUCAGAUGCUGAAAAAACAGGGCAUUGUAAAGCAGGACCCCGCGCUUCCUGGUGACAAGCCCCUCCCACCGCCUCCACCCAGGGCCACAAGUGCCGUCUUUGAGGAUGAGGAGAAAUCCAAGACGCUGUCCCGCCUGUUAAAGAGCACCCACCCCGAUGAUUUACGAGCGGCAAACAAGCUCAUCAAGGAAAUGGUUCAAGAAGAUCAGAAGCGGGUGGAGAAAGUUUCCAAGCGGGUGAACGCCAUCCAGGAGGUGAAGGAGAGCGUGAGCCUGCUGAGCCAGCUGCUGGAGGGCUACAGCAGGGACAGCUGCUCCCACAGCAACCAGGAGCUCAUUAGGGAUCUGUACCAGCGCUGUGAAAAGAUGAGGCCUACGUUAUUCAGAUUAGCCAGCGACACGGAAGACAACGACGAAGCUCUGGCGGACAUCCUGGAGGCCAACGACAGCCUGACGCAGGUCAUCAAUCUGUACAGGCAGCUGGUUAAGGGCGAGGAGGUGUCAAAAGAGGGACCGGCUCCGCCCUCGCAGCAAGACUCAAAAGCGGGCGGCGGCAGCUCGGCACUGUUGGACCUGACGGGUCUGGACGUCUCUGACAAGACAAAGUCCUCCAACCCACAGGCUGGGCCUCAGAACCUGGGCCUGAGCCUCUUGGAUGAUGAGCUCAUGUCUCUGGGAUUGAAUGUAUCGGAAAACUGUGACACCAAACUCUUCUGUCAGUCCUCAGAGUCUUCGGCUCCAGGCGCGGCGGCGGCGCUGCAGCCGGCUGCGGUCCAGGCGGCCCAGGCUCCACCAGCAGGGGGCACCGCUGCCACACCGAAAGCCAUGGAAGAGCUGGAUUUGCUGGGAAAAACCUUGAUGCAACAGUCUCUACCUCCAGAAAGCAAGCAGGUGAAAUGGGAUAAGCUCCAGCCUCACUCUAAGGUCCCUCUGCGAGAUCUCCAAGCAAAGUCCGGCGCGAGCUGCAGGCCCCCUCCUGCUGCCGGGCCGACGCCCGGCCUCCUCGUCUACUCGGAGCAGCCCGAUGGUGUCCCCCUCUCCGGUCUCGCAGACAAAAGCUCGUCGUCGGCUGCUGACCCGUACGCCGGCGUCUCAUUAGCAGACGUCACAGUGCCUCUGGAGUCCAUCAAACCCAGCACCGUGUUACCAGUGACCGUAUUCGACAAGCACAGCCUCCGGGUUUUGUUCACGUUUGCGCGCGACUGUCCGCCGUCGAGGCCCGACGUGCUGGUGGUGAUCAUCUCCAUGCUGUCCUCUGCUCCUGUUCCCGUCACCAACAUCCGCUUCCAGGCAGCUGUUCCCAGAGCGAUGCGAGUGAGGCUGCAGCCUCCCUCCUGCACCGAUCUGCCCGCCUUCAACCCCAUCCUCCCUCCAGCCGCUGUCACACAGGUUCUGCUGUUGGCCAACCCUCACAAGGAAAAGGUCCGCCUGCGCUACAAACUAACUUUCAACUUGGGGGACGAGUCGCACGACGAGUCCGGCGACGUGGACGAGUUCCCGCCCUCCGGAGGCGUGGGGAAACCUUUAGAGAGGGCGAGAACUUGGCCUCCUGUCAUCAGAUCUGCAGCGUCCUUUACGUUUAGGUCAAAGUUUUCCUCCGGAAGGGGGGAAAAGGACCUCGUUACGACGAAGCGGUUUCAGACUCUGCUGUUGCAAAAACGGACGGACCUGAGAGCAGCGGCUGAAACCAGUUGACCUCGUGCCUUCUCCUCCUUAUUUGAUCCUGUCAGUGUUUCUAGAUUGGAUGUUGGUUUUCAGAAAUGUGAAUUUGUUUCAUUUACAUACAACCUAUUAUUUCUCUCAUUAUUUUGUCAGUCAUAUAGAUAUAUGUACCCCCCCCCCACACACACACACACACACAUCAGUGUGAUCCAUUCCUAAACGACAUCCGGUACAAUCAGCUGCAUGUUAAACCAAAAGAUAAGAUUAAAAUAUUCUUGGUUUCUGUUAUGUUAAAUAUUUUUUUUUUGUUGUUGCGAGAAUUAGAAUCGGUUUCCUCCCCCCUAAUCCAAAAUAAUCUAAAAUGAAAGCAGUGAUGUGUGUCUCUCGCACACUUUUUCAGGCAACAGCGAGUUAAAGCUGAGCGUGGACUCCCACAUAUGAAACUUUUUGGGUUUAAUGUCUUCAGAGUAGGAGGAAGUAAUGUGGAAGGCUGUAACCAAAGCUGCUGGGUUUGUUGUGUCUGGGUGAUCUCGAGCUUUUUCACUGCAGCUAACUAAUGUCACUAACACUGAUCCAGAAAAUCAAUGAGCCAUUAACGUUAUUUACUCCUCGUUUUUUUUUUUUUUCUCAUGUAAUGGAAAGUCGUCGAGUCUCCCUCCGUCCCCUUAAAAGCAAAACUGUACCUUCUCUUUAUUUCUGCACUUUUUCUUUUUCUUUUUUUUUUUACCUUUUCACUCAGGAUUAUUUUCCUUUUUUCCUUUAUUUAAAUGUGUACGCACUUAUUUUGUUCAUAUUUUGCACAUGAGCUCAUUCUUGUUCUUCCAUCUGUUGUCACCUUUUUGUUUUUCUACUACUGAUCAGCCCAAAGAAGGACUAAUAUAUGUUCACGUCACGCCGAGUUUGAUUCUGCCACAUGUGCCUAAGAUGGAGUUUUGUUUGUUGUUUUGUACGUGUCUAAAUUAAGUAUUCUUGGGGAAUUUUUCAUGUUUGUCUUUACCAGAAUUUUUUUUCUUCUUUUUUUUAAGCAUAAGAUCCAUCAUGUGUUAAAUUACCUUUUUUUUUUUUAGAUGUUGUGUGGUUUGGGAGCAGAAAUCUAUAAACUUCUCUGGGGUUCAGAAAGAUGACAAUAAAAACAGAUGAAAGUAA